UGUAGGAAGAGGGAGUAUUUACAUCCUUCAGAAUGCCCAACUCCAAUGCUAAAUUUAAUUGUAACCAUAGAGGUGGUCAGGAAGCCGGCAGGCGGGAGUUAGUUUCCAGGUCUUUGCAGAGUGCUCAGCAUUGCCUGGAGGACCAGGAUUUUGGAACUGCAUAUGCUCACUAUCUCUUGGUCCUAAAUCUAGCUCCUGAGUUAAAAACUAGCGUCAAGGAAACAUUUCAGUUUACUCUCUUUAAAUGGGCAGAAGAGCUAGAUUCUCUGGCACGGAUUCAAGAUCUGUUUAACUGCUAUGAACAAGCACUUGAACUGUAUCCGAAUGAUGAAGUGAUAUGUAAUAGUAUGGGAGAACAUCUUUUCAGAAUGGGCUUUAGAGAUGAAGCAGCUGGAUAUUUUCAUAAAGCAGUGAAGCUUAACCCAGACUUUGCUGAUGCAAAGGAGAAUUUUUACCGUGUUGCAAACUGGCUUGUGGAACGUUGGCACUUCAUCAUGCUGAAUGAUACCAAGAGGAACCUUACUUACCUGAGAGCAAUUGAGAAUGCUGUCCGCUCAGGGUGCAAAUCUGUCCUUGAUAUUGGAACAGGAACAGGAAUCUUGAGUAUGUUUGCAAAAAAAGCAGGAGCAUCUUUUGUCUAUGCCUGUGAAUUAUCUAAAACAAUGUAUGAACUUGCCUGUGAUGUGGUGGCAGCAAAUAAUAUGGAAAGAGAGAUCAAACUUCUGCAUUUGAAGUCACUUGAUAUAGAAAUUCCAAAGCACAUACCAGAAAGAGUUUCCUUGGUUGUCACAGAAACGGUUGAUGCUGGUUUAUUUGGCGAAGGAAUUGUGGAAAGCUUGAUACAUGCCUGGGAACAUCUAUUAUUAGAACCAAAGCCUAAAAAUCAAGAUGUCAGUACUGGAGACUGUGGCAGAGUUAUUCCUGCAAGUGCUACAAUUUUUGGGAUGGCAGUGGAAUGCAAAGAGAUACGUAGACAUCACAGAGUGGAAAUGCAAGAAGUUGCUGGUGUGCGCUUGUCAAAUUCUGUGCAGUUCUUUAGUCCAACAUACGCUUCUGCUUCUGCCUCAGAAGAAACUGUCGAACCUUACACCACUGAGAAGCUCAGUCGUAUUCCUGGAGGCUAUGUACCUCUGACAGAACCGUGUCAAGUAAUGACAGUUGAUUUCAACAAUCUGCAGGAGCUGAAAAGCCUUGCAGCUAGAAAGCCCUGGAAGCUCAGCCUGCCAGUCACUGAAGGAGGAAUACUAGAUGCUGUUGUGGUGUGGUUUGUACUACAGCUUGAUGAUGAUCACUUUCUGUCUACAAGUCCCAGUGAAGAAACUUGCUGGGAACAGGCAGUCUAUCCUGUGCAGGGCCUGCUUGAUUAUUCUGUGAAGACUGGAGAUGCUGUGAUGAUGGAGGUUUGUUGCCAAGACUGCUACUUGAAGAUCCAGAAGAUUUCUUCUUUGACUUCAGAGUGUGGAAUGGACUUCGGUGACAGAGAUGACACACUGAAUUUGGGCAAUGAGGCUGAAUUAUGUAAUGCUCUGGCUGGUCUUCAGACGACUAGCAAACAGGAUGGCAACGGUCAAGUGUGUGUGUUGGAAUCCACAGAAAUCUCCCUGCUUAACAAUGUACCGUACCACAAAUGCUUUAAAGCUGCCAUGGGCAAAGUGCUGUUGUCAUUAAAUCCAAGUAAGGACUUGCAGUCCAUGGAUGUUGAUGGACAUGGCAGUGGGAUGAACUUCCAAGAGAGUCAAAGCAAGAGCUCUCUCGAUGUUCCUCCUGAUCCUUUGUACAUUUUAGAUGUAUCUGAAGGCUUCUCCAUCCUGCCGGUUAUAGCAGGCAAACUUGGACCAGUGAGAGCCUACAGUUCUGUUGAGAAGGAACAGCAUCAGGCAGCACUUAAUCUGAUUUCAGAAGCUAACCAUUUCCCUAAGGAAACGUUAGAGUUUUGGCUCAGCCACGUAGAAGAUGAAAGUGUGAUGCUACAGAGACCCAAAUCAGACAAAUUGUGGAGUAUUAUUAUCUUGGAUGUUAUAGAGACAUCAGGUUUAAUCCAGCAGGAAGUGAUGGAAAAGGCUGCAAUAUCCAGGUGUUUACUUCACAGUGGAGGCAAGAUUUUCCCACAGUAUGUGUUGGUAUAUGGGAUGCUUGUAGAGUCAGAGGCUCUGUUACUGGAGAGUGCUGUUCAAGGAACAGAACCAACGCUUGGAUUUAAUAUAGCCCCUUUUAUCAACCAGUUCAAGGUACCUGUUCGUGUGUAUUUGGAUCUCUCUACGUUACCGUGUCUACCCCUGAGCAAGCCAGCAGAGCUUUUAAGGCUGGAUCUCAUGAACCCUCUGUUGAACAGCUCCAGCAGAGAAGUGAAGGUACACAUUUGUAAGUCUGGCCAAGUCACUGCAAUUCCCUUCUGGUAUCACAUACAUCUAGAUGAAGACCAUAGCUUGAAUACAUCUGAUGAGUCCUCGCACUGGAAACAAGCUGCAGUUGUUCUUGAUGAGCCCAUCCAAGUUCAGGCUGGAGAUGAGCUUGUGCUUGAUGUUCAACACCAUAAAAGCAGUAUUAGCAUUACAGUUAAACGGUGAAGAAUACAGUGUGUAAACUGAUUUGUGGUUAAUUACCUAUGCAUAAAUUGACUGUUCAUAACAUCACUGAUGUUAAUUUAUAUUAAAGUAUAAAUUUUGUCUACUAAUCAA